AUGCGAUUGCGCAAUCUAGGUUUGGGUUACGACUCAAUAGAUGUGUGCAAGUAUAAUUGUGCUAUUUUCUGGAAGGAGAAUGAGAAGAAGGAGUUUUGCCCUGUAUGUGGCGAAUCACGAUGGGUGAAAAGAAAGGGUAAGGGGAAAAAAGUUCCUCACAAAGUUAUGCGUUACUUCCCACUCACACCUAGGCUGAAACGAUUAUAUUGCUCAAGACACACUGCGGAGGAUAUGCGGUGGCAUUACUCGCAGAGACCAAAAGAAGACGGUGUGCUUAGGCAUCCUGCGGAUGCUGAAGAAUGGAAGCGGUUUGACCGCCUUCAUCCGUCUUUUGCUGUUGAACCUAGAAAUGUCAGUUGUGGGAGACGGGUGUUGAAACCCGAGAUGCCUAUAACUAACCGUGUUUUCAAUGCGUGCGGGCAGUUGUUGUGGACAAUAAAUGACUUUCCUGCUUAUGCUCUAAUGUCUGGUUGGAGCACAAAAGGGUAUAUGGCGUGUCCCACUUGCAAUGAACAUACUCCUUCCAUUGGCCUAAAUAGUAAGAUUGGAUAUGUUGGCCACAGACGCUUUCUCGAAAUGAGUGAUCCGAGAAGGAGAAGCAAAAAGUACAAUGGUAAGCCUGAGAAGAGAGCACCACCUCCUGUAUUGACGGGGGAUGAUAUUUUAUCUCAAUUAGACCGAAUUCCAUUGACUUUGCCUGGAAAACACAAACAGUUUGGGGGUGUGAAACGGAAGCGUUCUAGUGAAGAGCUCAAUUGGUACUCUUCUAAGUAUCGACGGAAGUCAAAGGAUACCGACAAGGCGAGAAUGGAUUUGCAAGACUUGCAAAUACGACGAGAGUUGUGGUUGUAUGAAGACCGGAAUGGGAAGUGGAAGAAGCCUCCAGCUAGUUACACACUUAGUGUUCAAGAACGGAUUGAAUUUGCAGACUUCAUGAAGUCUGUACGAUUUCCGGACGGUUUUGCAGCAAACUUAGACAAAAAUGUAAAUGUGGAUACGGGCAAGAUUUCCGGGCUCAAAUCACAUGAUUGUCAUGUGUUGUUACAACGUUUACUACCGGCAGGUAUCCGUAAGUUCUUGAAAAAAGAAAUCCGGGACACAAUCAUUGAGCUAUGUGUGUAUUUCAAACAAUUAUGCUCAAGAACACUUCAUGUUUCGGAUUUAGAAAAAAUGCAAACAAAUAUUCUAACUAUUUUGUGCAAGUUAGAAACAAUUUUUCCACCGGCUUUCUUCGACAUAAUGGUUCACGUAGUUAUGCAUCUCCCUCAAGAAGCUAUACUAGGUGGACCAGUCCAGUACAGGUGGAUGUAUCCCAUUGAGCGGUCAAUGUCUGUGUACAAGCAAUAUGUCAGGAAUCGUGCCCGUCCGGAAGGCUCUAUUGCUGAAUCUUUUGUGGUUAAUGAGGCAUUAACCUUUUGCUCAAUGUACUUUCGAGAAGUGGAAACUCGAUUCAACCGUCCUGACCGGAACAAUGACAUUGUCCAAAACAUGCCAACUCGACAAUUUUCUGUAUUCAAGCAUGUUGGCCGACCCCUCGGUAUGAGGACAGUCGACACCUUACCCAUGCAAAGCAAGCGUAAGGCAGAGUGGUACAUUUUGAACAAUUGCACGGAGGUUGAACCGUAUAUCAAUGAGCACAAGAAGUUGCUUCAAGCAAGGGGUGUAGGCAAUAUUGAGACAGUGCAAGAGACUGAGUUCCCUGAAUGGUUCAAAACUCAAAUUAAUGAACUACGGUCGAGCAACCAGGGUGCAGUGUCAGAUGAGUUGUAUGCUAUCGCUAACCCAGCCAAUACAGCAAUUUAUUUUUAUCCAGGGUGCAUAGUGAACGGCAUCAAAUUUUUGGUCAAGGAAAGGGAUGAUAACCGCAAAACACAGAAUAGCGGUGUCAUGGUCCCCGAAUGGAUAGUGACGGUGUUAUUACUAGCAUCUGCGUCAGCAACGGAGUGGUACCAAAAUGAACCGUUCAUACUUGCAUCUCAAGCAAAAUUGAUCUACUACAUUCCUGAUUUAAAGAACGGUAAAGACUGGCUGAUUGUAAAUGAGUACAUACCGCGCAAUGUUUGGGACUUCCCGGACACGGAUGGGGAGACACCCUUUGUACAGGAAAACAAUUCAGCUGAAACCGAGUUCGUUGUUCAACUUCCACAGUUGGAUGAUGUUGACUAUGUUCGCUAUGAUGUCGACCCAACUGAAGUUGCAAACAUCCAUCGUGUGAAUUCACAGCCUCAACAAUUAGAUGAUUUCAUUGUCGAUGAUGACAACGAUGGUCUAAAUACCGAAGAAGACAACUCCUUAGAAUUAGAGAGUGACAGUGAUGAUAAUGCUGUAUAUGUCACUGAUGAUGAGGAUGAUGAAUUGUAA